UCGUGUGAUCAUACGAGCCGAAAUGGACGAAUAUGAGGAACUUUUCGGGAUCCAGGACGACUUCGAGGAGCAGUUCGCCGACGAGCUGGAGGUGCUGGCUCAGAUGGAGGAGGAAUCUUCCAAACUGGAGAAGCGUCGGGGUCCAGGAGACAACAUCUCAGACAUAGAGCACCUGCUGGAUGAUCAGCCCCCCACCACUCCAAAGGCAAAGCGACACAAGCAGGAUACCGGUGUGGCCAAGCGGCUUUUCAACGCCUCACAACUUCAAGAGAGAAAAGUCCCGUCACAGAAUGAUGACAUCACUCCACCGUCCUCUCCGGAGAACUAUGAGCCCUCGAACACCUUCAGGUCUACUCCUGCUGUGUUGGAUAUCAGUGGCUUUGCUGCAAUCCCAGAAACACCCAGGCGACCUCCCACAGCGGCUCCAGCAUCCCUGCGAGUGCUGAAGCGACCUCCUUUAGAAGGAGAGUACAUCAGUGUGACAGACUCAUCAGGGAGUCGAGUCUACCUCAGACAGAAAGAAGACACAGGGACAAAGGUAGUGGACUCCAGAAUGGUACCAAACUCCCUGGGUGGACUGGGCCUGCUGGCAGUGCCGAUAGGAGUGUUGAGAGAACAAGAGGCAGAGAAGCGUCACCAGCAGGUUGUGGAGGAAUCACAGCGUCUUACAGAGCUGCUGACCAGCAGUGUGAAUGACGUGCUCGUUGAGCCUGAGAGCGAAGAGAAUGAGGAUCCUGAAGACGCAGAGGGAAGAGCAUCUCGACUGUGGGUGGACAGAUUCUCUCCUCGGCACUACACAGAGCUUCUCAGUGAUGAUUUUACCAACCGCUGUCUGCUCAAGUGGUUGAAGCUUUGGGACACUGUAGUGUUUGGAAGAGAGAGGAAGUCCCGCCCUGCCCGAUCUGACCGACCGGCUGCCAAUCAGAACUCAUUCAAACCCAACCAAGGAAAUCAGAAUCAAAAUCGCUUCAAGACUAAGGUUGAGAUAACUGAGGAGAUUCUGGAGGCUGAACUGGAUCAGUACAAACGGCCCAAAUUCAAGGUGGCAUUGCUGUCUGGUCCUCCAGGUUUGGGCAAGACCACCCUGGCUCAUGUCAUAGCAAAGCAUGCUGGGUACAAUGUGGUGGAAAUCAAUGCCAGUGAUGAUCGCAGCGCGGAGGUGUUCCAGAAACGCAUCGACACAGCGACACAGAUGAAGUCGGUUUUAGGAGCCAACGAGAGGCCGAACUGCCUCAUUAUCGAUGAGAUUGACGGAGCACCUUCGGCAGCCAUCAACAUACUGUUAGCAGUUCUGAACAGGAAAGACGGACACGGUGGGGAGGCCGCCACAGAGACCGCAAAGAAGAAAAAGAAGAAAGAGUCCAUCCUGCUUCGACCAAUCAUCUGCAUCUGUAACGACCUCUAUGUUCCUGCUCUCAGGCCUCUCAGGCAGCAGGCCUUCCUCCUGAAUUUCCCACAAACACAACCUUCCCGCCUCACACAGAGACUGGCAGAGAUCUCCCAGCGGCAGGGCCUGAAGGCAGACACCGGCACUUUGAUGUCACUGUGUGAGAAGACUGACAACGACAUCCGGUCUUGCAUCAACACACUACAGUUCCUGCAUGGACGUGGCCUCAAGCAUCUGGACAACAAGACGAUUCAGUGCGUCUCUGUGGGGCAGAAGGACCAAAACAAAGGACUGUUCCAUCUGUGGCAGGAGAUCUUCCAACUACCACGUAUAAAACGAAAACGUAUCGGUGAGGGGUUUGAAGAGACACCAGGUUCAGGAGGUGGAGCUCAGAGGUUCCAGCACAUUCUACAUCUGGCUUUAUCGAGUGGAGAGUAUGAAAAGGUUUCUCAGGGUCUGUACGAUAAUUAUCUGUCCAUGCGUGUGCGGGACCCCAACCUUCACAGUGUGUGUGAGGCUCUGGAUUGGCUGUCGUUCUCCGACAGGGUGAACCAAGAGAUUCUACAUGGACAGAACUUCUCUCUGAUGAGAUACCUCCCCUUCCUCUCCGUUACAUUUCACUUCCUGUUUGCCCACACACAUGUGCCCCGCAUCAACUAUCCCCACAGCCAGCACGAGGCCUCUACCCGUCUCCUCAGCAGCAGGAACGCUUUAUCCACUAUGUUGGCUGACAUCCCAGCAGGCAUCAGAACGAGGAUCAGCCAGCUCAGCCUGACCCUCGAUAUUCUCACCCUGCUGCUCGACAUCAUCUGUCCCAAACUACGGCCUGUGAAUCCACAGCUGUUCAGCACCAGAGAGAAAGAGCAGAUGCAUGAGCUGAUCGACACCAUGCUGGCCUACAACCUCUCGUACCGGCAGGACCGCACACCUGAGGGACAGUACACAUAUGUCCUGGAGCCGCGCGUUGAGGAGGUGGUGAGGUUUACAGGCCUGCCUCCGCGCCGCCAGCUGACGUAUCAGGCCAAACAAACCAUCAGCAGAGAGAUGGAGCAAGAGAAGAUGAGGAGGGCCGAGCAACUGAUGCUGCAGCGAAACCCUGCAGUGAAGGAGAAAGACAAACAGGAAGAGAAAAAGAUUGCUGGUCCAAAACCAGCCCGGAACCAUCAGCAGAGACUGGAGAACAUUGUCAAACAGACCACAGUGGAGACCAGGCCGGAGGUGGACUUCUUCGGUCGAGCUGUUGCCCCCAAACCUCAGAGACCACAGCCGUCCUCAGACACAGGAGAGAAGAGCGCUGUUCUCGCGAUGGGAACGGCAGUGGGCAACAGCGACGUGUGGUUCCGGUUCAACGAGGGCAUGUCCAACGCCGUCAGACGAAAUGUCUACAUCAGAGAGCUACUGUAACACACACAUGCACACACAAGAACUGCCUCAUUGUCAGCUGUGUUUGUUUCCCCCCCGUGUUGUACGAAAUCAUCCAGAUCAAUGCGUAAUCCUGUUAAAUUCAAAACAGUCUUUAUUUGGAUUGACAGUGUAAAGAGCCAAUAAAAAGGUGUUGUUGAA